CUAAUAAUAUUGUUUUGCAUAAUUCUCAGUUUUAUUGCUCUUUUGUCCUUUCAAAAUAGGUAGUUACAAUUGUGCACCUAAUUGAGUGGUUAGAAAAAAAUUGAAGUUCAAAUAAUUGCCAAGUGGCCUAUACCGAAGUGAUAAGAAUUAAAUACCUCUCUUUUUACCAUAACACGGUAAUGCAUACUAAACACGCACAAUUUUUUUUAAUCCUAUAUGGGUACACACUCGUCAAAACUCUGUGGUUAGCGUAGAUGUUGAAAAAAACCGAAUUAAAAUGGUCCACAUCAAGUUUUUUUACCAGUAUGUGGCUUCAUUUUCUGCUCUUUUAAAUAUGGUCUCAAUGGGUAUCCACGAAGCUUGGACUUCAGUGUACCUGCCCCAGCUUUUAACACCGAACAAAAUAGUUAGGAUAACUCCAAAUGAAGCGACUUGGAUCACGCUUUUUUUCUUCUUUGGUACGCUUCUGGGUUGUUCUGUGACCCUACUUACCACGGAUAAAUUCGGACGAAAAGUGACGAUUUUAUUAACCACUGUUCCUUUUUUCCUAUCAUUCAUAGCCCUGCCGUACACAAAAUCAGUUAUUUAUUUUUGUAUCAUAAGAAUCAUCGCUGGAAUAGCUUCCGGUGUAAACUUAGUGGUUAUACCACUGUACAUAGGCGAAAUAGCCGACCCAAAAAUAAGAGGAACAUUAGGGACGUUUAUUUACAUUUUUAAUUUAAUAGGUUUCUUACUUAUGAACGUAAUAGGAUCAUUUGUUAGCAUCAGUACCAGUUCUUUGCUGUCUUUAAUUCUACCUUUAACGGUUGUGUUAGUCUUUAGCUGGAUGCCUGAAAGUCCGUAUUACUUAGCAAUGAAAAACGACGUGGACGAGGCCACCAAAUCGCUAAUUAAACUCAAAGGAACAAAAAACAUUGAAGACGAAACACGAAAAUUUCUCGAAACUGUUAGACUCGAGAUCGAAUCGCAAGGAAAAUUUUCUGAACUUUUUACGAAAAAAACCAACCGAAGGGCUUUAUUCAUCCAGUUUAUUUUACUAAACGGCAAACAAUUCACCGGUGAUGACCUUUUUGAUGUGUAUGCCCAACUUAUUUUUGGGCAGUUCUUAGACAAUAUCUCGCCAACGGUCCUUGUUGCUGUUUUUUACACAGUGAAACUGCUUGUCACGAUAUUUAGUUCUUUGUUGAUUGAUAAAAUAGGCCGCAGAACAAUUCUCAUGUUUUCGUUUAUGUUUUCCGGAAUCCUUUUACUUUUGCUUGGAGUUUAUUUGCACGUUAAAAAAUAUAAUGAUUUAGGUGCUUUAAGUUUCAAAUAUUUGGCUGCCACGCUUUUAAUUUUAUUCGCCAUAGCUUAUAGUUUUGUGGCGCCUGUUCCGGCGAUUAUUGUCGGUGAAUUGUUUCCAAUGAAUGUCAAAGUCUUUGCGUCACUUUUGUCCGAAAUUUACUUUUGUAUUCUCUCGAUGGUUGUCAUAUAUUUUUACGAAGUCACGUCGAAAUAUUUUGGAGCCAGUGUGCCAUUUUUCACUUUUGCGAUUUCUAGUCUCAUUCACGUCGUUUUAGUUUAUCUUUUUGUUAUUGAAACUAAAGGGAUAACGUUGGAGGACAUUCAAAAGACAUUAAAUAAAACAAUUUGAUUCGG